AUCUCCCUUCAUGGUCUGGCAAUCUGCAGACAGUGACCUUGACCUGGAGCUUUACUAUGACCAGAUUCGCAGAGAUGUUGAGGAAGGGCGAGUUUGGAUAACCCUGGGUGGACGACAAUAUCCUGUCGAUAAUCUGUACUACCAAGGCAGUUUCUACCAAAUAUGCCCAAGGUCUUGCCAUCAAAAUCUAACCCGCAGUGUGUGUAACUGGUUGCCUACCUGUAGUUGGUCACAACAGCUUGGACAAUGUACGGCAGAUGCUUUACUACCUGAAAGAUAUGAGAUGGCAGUGUUAAUACCGUGCGAUAUUCUACCUCGCCGAUCAGCCCUGGAAAGAGAGGAUCUCGUUGCUUCCCUCAGACAAAGUGUGGAGUAUGCCUUAAACAUGUGUCCCAACAUCAGCUCCAAAAACGUCCACAGCUUCGGAGUCGGCAAGGUAUACCCCAGCAGCUUGGUGUUCACAGUUCAAAGGUCGAUGCUCAGUCCACCUCUUUCACGCAUGGUGGAGGAUCUGGACAGCUUGGUAGCCAAUGGAGGACUGCAAAUAGAUAUAAACAAUACCUAUUUAACUGUGGAGGGAUUAGGUAACUUUUCACAACUUGAAGUAACGUUGACGUACGAACUGAUGAAUUUCACUGACACAGGAAAUCUUAAAAUCCGAAAGUUUAUUGCGAAAAACAUCACCAGACUUAUUCAAGACGUGUUCCCACUGGAUGCCAUUUCUGUUUUAAACUUUAGAUUUUUGCAGAACUACGUCCAAUUUGAUGCUGAGAAGACAAAGGAAGGCAUCAUUAGCCUAAAUGAAACGGAGAAACUCAUGCGAGAUCUCUGGAAGCUUGGGGGAUUUGGCAUUGUCCAGGACAACGUAAAACACGUUCCAAAACAAGUCUUCUUCCAGGAGAAAUUCCACAGUAACUGCACGCUGGACUGUGGUACUAGACUUGAUGCUGCUGACUGUAACAAAAUGAAGAAAUGUGUUUGGUCUACCGAGGGAAACCUGUCGCAUUGUUCUCGGGAUCAGAAAUUACCAGACAGAUAUCAGUUAGAACUUUUUGUACCGUGUAUCGACUUGAGCUCGUUUUCCGCGGCAGAGGUAAACAAAAUGGAAUGGAUACUGCUCCAGAACUUCACCAAUAUUUUGGGGACACCUACAGCAGAUGUCAUCAAUAAUAUAACUAUGACAAAGACAGGUGUACUUGUUGAUCUUCAAGCCAGCGUCCAGUUGCCCUACCUGCAGAGAUACGCUGCCAUUUUAUCCAGACAAACGGACUACAGGACUGGAAUCAAGUUUGGUAUUUCACAGCGCUUCUCUGUCAGGAAUCGGCUAGAUUAUACCAAUGUCCAUGUUAAACUAACAUUCCAUAGCAUAGACUUCGAAUUACUGAAGAUUAAAUACAGCUAUGAUGACUUGACAGCGAAGAUUGUACAAAGUCUCAACGACGUUUUACUGGGAGUAUUGGUACAGUCAAUGGAAGUUGUUACCAUCCACAGGGAAGUUGUGGAGUUUACAUUACAGAAAAGGAGAGAGAGUAUAGUUAACAUGGAUGAUCAAAUUCACAUCUUAUCCAACGCUGUAACCAAAGGACAAUUCUCUUUGAAUAUUCCAUUUGUUCGACCUGUGGUCGCUUCCAGCAUAUUCAUUACUGGAUCAUUCAGACAGUUGUGUCCAGACAAGUACCCUGUCUUAACGACGACGACGGUAGUCAAUGUUCCAAUCACCGUCUCUGUGGCCAAUAUGACUCCUACACAACCAGUCACAACGACUUUGCCCUUGUCGCGUCCUUCAGUCAUCCUCAUUUACAACCGCUCUGAGGUUGAACCUUCCUGGCUACAGAGACAGAUGGAUAGCUAUGGACUCGGCGCGUGUCUUGUGGAAAUACGCCAAUGCCCAGCUUGUAUGACCGGCUUUUCCAGAAACACUUGCAGUUUUCAUCAUACCUAUCUACCUCCCUUAACAACGUCGACGCCUGAUGUAACUACCCUGCAUCGGUCCCAUGCACUUCCAAUACCAAAGGACGACUACCGUAUUGGUCCUGUGGCCGCAACGGCAAUGGCUGUGGGAGGGUUCUUUGUACUGGCACUUUUAAUGUGGGCGAUUCAAUCUUUACAUGAAGCUAUGAAGAAGGAAAAAGCAAGCAACUCAGAAAUCAAAAUCGAUUCGGCAUCAAAUUCUCCAGCAGGAAGGGGAAUUGAAGAGCUUCCAGUAGAUUACUGAUAACACCACGCGUGUUAAUGAUCACAUAUAUAUACAUAAUAGAACUUAUCAAGAAAUUAUACUUUUUAAAUAAAAUCUAAAUUAUA